GCCACAAAUCAAGCUUGUGGCUCUCGACCCCUGUCGCCUUGCCUACGUGACCCUCCUUAAAGCUAUCCCCAAUCCCGUCCGGGCGGAGCCCCAGCAAAUCGAUCCGGAGAUAAAAUCUCGAGCAUAGCAUCGGUCGGCCAUUCCUUGUUCUCCGCAGGCACGGUGCGACGGUACUAGUAGAAGAAGAAGAAUCCGAGAACGAAGGCAAGAGGUAGCCAAGAAACGGAGUGGUUUUGUGCGGAGAGGACGGAAGAGAUGGGGGAGUGCAGGGUUGGAGGAGGAGACUGCUUGAUCAAGCUGUUCGGGAAGACCAUCCCCGUGCCGGAGGCCGCCGCCGCCGCCGCCGUGGGCGACGUUGAUAAGGUCCUUCAGCAAAGUGGCAGCAGCACGACUGAACCGAAGGUACAAGAAAACACCCUUCAGGACUCCUCGGGUUCACUUCCACAGGCAGAGGUCGUGGAUACUGAAGACUCAUCUGAUGUCAAGAACUCAUCAGCAGACCAAGAGCAACAACAGCAGGGCGACACGACCAACCAGAAGGAGAAGCUGAAGAAGCCUGACAAGAUCCUGCCCUGCCCCCGGUGCAACAGCAUGGACACCAAGUUCUGCUACUACAACAACUACAACAUCAACCAGCCGCGCCACUUCUGCAAGAACUGCCAGAGGUACUGGACAGCAGGUGGCGCCAUGCGCAACGUGCCUGUGGGUGCAGGUCGCCGCAAGAGCAAGAGCGCAUCGGCCGCCUCCCACUUCCUUCAGAGGGUCAGGGCCGCUCUGCCCAUUGAUCCUCUCUGUACUUCAGCCAAGACUAAUGGCACGGUGCUCAGCUUUGGCUCCGACAUGUCCAACUUAGACCUCACAGAACAAAUGAAGCACCUAAAGGAGAAGCUCAUCUCAAUAACCCAGAUCAAGAACAGUGAUGACCGGUCAGUUAAUUCUAGUGCUGAAGGAUCUGCAAAUGGAGAAGAUUCGAACCAAAUGAACCAAAAGGAGAAAGUUACAGUAGAUAGAUCUGCAAAUAUUAUGCAGCCUCCAUGCAUGAAUGGCAUUUCCAUGUGGCCAUUCAGUUGUGCACCACCACCUGCAUAUUACUCCUCAGGCAUCGCGAUUCCGUUCUACCCGGCAGCAGCUGCUGCUGCUUACUGGGGCUGCAUGGUUCCUGGAGCUUGGAACACCCCAUGGCCGCCUCAUUCCCAAUCGGAAUCUGCUUCAUCUCCUAGCUCUGCUUCUCCAGCAUCCACAAGGUCCAAUUGCUUCACAUCAGGAAAGCGCCCUAGAGACGGUGAUGAGGAAGGAGAUGCCAAAGGAAAUGGCAAGGUGUGGGUGCCGAAGACAAUCCGGAUCGAUGACACAGAUGAGGUGGCCAGGAGUUCUAUCUUGUCGCUAAUUGGGAUCAAUGGUGACAAGGUGGGCAAAGAUGGCAGAGGGUGUAAGCUUGCAAGUGUUUUUGAGCAGAAGGAGGCAAAGACAGCAACUCACACAGUCAUCAAUGGCUUGCCAUUCUUGCGGGGGAACCCAGCUGCACUUUCACGUUCGCUGACCUUCCAGGAGGGAUCUUGACCUCAAUGCUAUAAAGAGCAUUUAGCAUGAUACAGCUGAAAUUUUGUACAUUUGAGGAUUGUAAACUAGGUAUGGGCAAUGGAGUGUGUAACUUAGCUCAUAGCUGCAAGCGGACCUUGUAACUAUAAUAGAUAUUUGUAGAUAGCUAUUUAAGUUGGGGAAGGAUAGGGAGAGGAAGUUCCCUUAUUUGUUGAUAAAUAAUAUUAUGAGCGGAACAUCUGGUUACAGAAUUUUCUUUCAGCAAUAGCAUCUGAUGUACUGAACAAUUGGCUGUUGGCUCAUUCCAGUGUAUUAAAAUGGCCCACUGUAUCAUUGGAAAUUUGAUACUUUUGUGCAUAUAUCCAGGUUGUUUCCAUU